UUCACAUCUCCAAGGCGGGCAAUUUAAAUCUUUUUGAAAUCAAAUUUUCACACAUCGGGAACCAAAAAGGGGUUUCUUUCUCAACCCUAGCCGCUAUCAAUCUCUCCUUCACUACAUCCUCUGUUGAACCACCAUCAGAUCCUUCGCUCAUUGGUCAUGUAUGGUUCUUGGAGGGUCCGAUUCAGGUUAUCAUCUAAAAUCUACCCCGCCUACGCAACGGUUAUGGUGGAUUUAGAGAUAUAUUACACCCCAACAACGAUUAGACACCACUGCAUCAGUCGACUCCUUAUUCUUACUUCUUAUUUGUUCGCAUCCUCAGUUGGAAUCGAAAAUCAAAACGCCCAGAUCUGGAGUUGUUAGAUGCGACACACCAAAUGCUAGAGCUUCAAGAUUUUAUUUAUCUCUCCCGUUUUUUUAAAUAUGUUCAAUUUUGUUUCUGAUUUUUUUUGUUUAUUUUAUAACAUAAGCAUGCUCGGAUUUUCGUUGUUGCAGAUAUAUCAACAAAGUGUUUUCAUUGCUCUACUACUCCAGAGUUUUUGGAUUUAAACAAAGAAACGAUGUACAGCCUGAAAUAGAAUGAUAUACGAUCACACACAUACACACCUCUGUAACCGCCGUUUACAGCCACCACCACACGCUCUCGAUGCUAGAAUCUCGCCAUCAGGAAAUGGAGUAAAUUAUGAUUUGAUUCAAAAGGAAAAGAUGGUGACAAACAAGAACAGGGGAAGUACAUUUUCAAUGUUAAGUUCAACCAUGAUCUAAGAUAUCUGUCUUUCCUGAUUUUUGUGGCUAUUAAACCCUAAUCCAUGGUCUCAGGUUGUGGUUUUCAGGUGUUUGAUCCAUUCAGAGCUCCCUGGUAUCGAAGAAACAACUGAUUUUUUUUAAAAGUUUUUAAACAAUAAAUAUCCUGAAUCCAUGUUAUGUCUCAAUCUCAAGAACGUGUUGAAGAUGACAAACCUACCUGAUAGACAAACCAUGGAACCCGGAUAAUAAAUUUUAAUGAGAAUCAAGUUAGGGUGGUCUUUGAUCGGUUGUAGUUGGGUAUGCAUUUUUUGUAUAAUAUUGGCAAGCAAGUAAUUAGUGAUGUAGCCGUUAUGUGUUAUAGCACAUUUUGUUAAUUAUCUUUGCUUGUGAUAAUAAUCUUACUCAUGGUUGUGCAUUGAUUUAUGUAAAUACACAA